AUGGUCUUGGGUGCCUACCUUGAGACGGUGUUAGGGCCUCUGCCGGUGGAUUUCCAUCAGCUCCAGACAUCGGCCUUCCUCCUGGCUCCUCCAACCUUCACGCCUCUCAAUGCACAGGCGUGUCUCUUCAAGGCGUACGAUGCCCUAUGGGGACUCUACCUCCCCGUCACUGUGAGCAUCUAUCCCUACUCUAUCGUACGGUCACACCUCGAGCAGGUCCAUGGACGUGUCAGCGACAUAUGGCGGAGCUUCGUCCUACAGAGGCUCUUAUGGGACCUAGGGGCCUCGGUGGCAGUAGCUGGUCGCACCUGGGUCAGACAGCUUAGGAAUUCACACGACUAUCUCGCUGACUUCAUCGCUGAAGACGAUGUGAUGAUGGUCAUCCUCAUCGUUGCUAUGCAACUGUGGAUAGGUGUACAAGAAGGCCGAGGCCAUGAUGAGGUUUCUGGUCGGAUGGACCCCAACUAG